AUUUUGAUGUAUAUGGUCCAUUCCAAUAGAAUGGAUUUGUAAAAUGGGAUGUUAUUUCGGCAGAUAUAUUAAAAGUUUUGCUCUAGUUGGGAUAGCUUUUUAUAUAUUGGAUUAUAUCGGGAUCUUGAAACACUGCAUCGAGUUAGAUUAUGGCAGACAUUUUAAUUACCCAUCUGGUUUGCCCAGUGAUUAUAACUAUUCAUUUAUUAAUAAUGUUUCGGAAAAAUGUCGAUUGACACCCAAGUUAGUAAUAAUAGUAAAAUCUGCUGUUGAAAAUAUUGGUCGUCGGAACAUUAUUCGCCGCACUUGGGGGUUUGAACAUCGUUUUUCUGAUGUAGAAAUAAGACGUGUAUUUUUACUUGGCUUAAGUACAGAUCCGCAUAUGAGACGAAUGGUGGACAUCGAGUCAACUAAUCAAAAAGAUAUUGUGCGAAUGGACUUUUUAGAUGCUUACUUUAACAAUACUAUCAAAACAAUAAUGGGCAUGAAAUGGGCACUUACCUACUGCAGUAAUAGUGACUUUUUUUUUUUUGUGGAUGAUGAUUAUUAUGUGUCAAUUAAAAAUGUAUUAAAAUUUGUAACCAAUCCCGAUAUGUAUCCCAAAUCUGUUAAAAAAAAAUUAAGCACAAAUAGUGUGAAAAACCAUCUUUUUUCUGGUUUUGUAUUGCAAUCACCUCCUCAUAGACACAAAUUUAGUAAGUGGUAUGUACCUCUCAGUGAAUAUCCUUUUGAUCUGUGGCCGCCAUACGUAACAGCCGGGGCAUUUGUGCUCAAUCGAAAUGCAUUAUCUAAACUAUUCUACAGUGGAAUACAUUUAAAAAGAUUUAGAUUUGAUGACAUAUUCUUGGGAAUAGCUGCCCUAAAAGCUAAUUUAACCAUGAAGCAUUGUGACAUGUUCUGCUUUAUUAAACCGGAAUAUAAAGGACCGUCCAGUUUUGAAUUUAUUAUUGCAUCACAUGGAUUUCAAAAUAGUGUAGAACUAGAGUCGAUUUGGAAUGAAUGUCGUUCAGCUGGCUUCGCAUAAUAAAUGAAAUUGGUCUUUGUGCCGACUAAUCUGCACAAGAUUUCCUAUUGAAUUUGUUUAAAAUAAAUAAUAUACAUUUUAUUGUCUAAGUAUUUAAUAUAGGUGAUAUAUUAUAUAUUGACUAACUUAUUAUCCUCGUAAGUGCCGUGAUAAAAAAAUGUUCAUAUAGGUUUAAGUUGAAUAUAUUUGGUGAGCUAAAUAAACAUAAUUUGUACAGUGAAAAUUGUUUUUCGUUAUUUUUUGUUCGUUUUUAUGGUGUUUAUAUCCUUGUUUUUAUAGUUACGUGGUAUUACAAAAAUUCAUGCCGUAAACUGUAUAUGUAUUACGUGUGACUUGGCGGUCAAGUUUUAAAGAUAUCUUAUAAACUAAACUAUUCCAAAUAACUGCAUUUGUUAGUCGACUGGAUGCUAUAAUAAUAACCAAAUCAUUUCAAUUGAUAAUAAUAAGCUAUUAUGACUAAUUAACCGUUACAUUUAUCCACAUAUUACAAAAGGCAGCCAAUAUGAUGUUUUAAAAUUGGUAAACUAACCGAAGCAGUGAGAAACAGACGCAGAUUUAUCAUCAUUAAUAAUA